AUGGUCAACACAAGAAGUACUCGAGGUGGUCAUCGAGGAAGACUCCCUCGCAUUAUUUCAAAGGUUGAGCUACCAAAUGAAACCCAGGCCCAAAAUUUUGAAGCAUCGGCUAUUCUGCCGAGGGCACCAAAGGCUGCUCAAGCCACUGCUGCGGCACCUCAGCUGAGUAUAACAGCCGUUGAGAAGACGCAAGUUGUCCCCUAUCUGAUUGGACAACACCUUUAUGACUAUGUCACUGGCGACAAACCAUGCCCUGAUGAUCUUGAGAAAGCAGCAGAAUGGCGCGUUCAAGAUGCUGCCAUUAUGAGUCUCCUUAUCACCUCCCUUGUCAAAGAUGCCCUACCACUUGCUGUGGGCCGUGUGAGCAGCAAAGAGAUCUGGGAUGCCCUUACGUUCCUUCAUCGGGUAAAGGAACUCUCUGAUGAACUGGCAGCUGCAGGCAAGCCGCUUCCUACAGAGGACUUUAACAUUCAUAUCUUCAGAUCUUUACAAGAAGAGUACCAAUCUGUCGUUCCUACCAUAAUGUAUCGCCAACCUCCACUCACUUAUUCUGAACUUCAUGGGCUCCUCAUGAGUCAUGAGUCCCUGAUCACCUCAAGACGUGCAACAGUUGAUCCAUCUGCCGCUGCUUCAGUCAAUCUCACUUAA